AAAUAGGACAUCUUGCAACAUUGACGUCAAUCGUAUGUCAAAACUAUAUAAAAUAACGCCAUAAAUUGCAUUGCUGCAUUUAUUUCUUAUUUCAGUAGAGUUUUUGUGUAUUUGUUUUCUUAUUUUUGGAUUUUGUGAGUGUAUGUUGUGAAUAAAAAUAAAAGUUCUUAUUAGUUCUCAUAAAUGUAAGGAAUAUAUAACCUCAAGUGCAAUACGGAUGAUGGAUUAUGAUUGGGAUGAUGGGGCACUUAAUACCCCUACAGUGAUCACGGGUGUACCUGCCGAAGGUGGUAGAAAAUUUACAGCAGGUCGUGGUUUUAAAGCCAUUCAAACUUGUACUGAAGAUGACAGUUGGGGAGACGACAGUAACUACAACACUACUUGGAAUAAUGGAGUUUCAAAUGGUGACGAUAGGGUAGGUAGUCGUCGGGGUGGUAGAGGCGGUCGAGGAGGUAGAGGCGGAUAUAGAGGAGGUAGGAGUUAUCAUAACGGCAAUUCAGGAGAUGAACCUGCGGAUGAUGCUUGGGGAGAUUGUGGAAAUGAAAAUACAAGUAGAAGUCAAGGUAGAGGACGAGGAGGUGGAGGUCGGGGCCGUGGUGGAGGCUUUAACGGAGGUGGUAGAGGUGGAUCUGGCGACAGAGAAAACGCCGAACCUCCAAAACAACGCGAAAUUUAUGUACCAGUCGAACGUACAACUGAUGAAGAUCUGUUUACUACUACAAUUACGUCUGGUAUAAAUUUCGUUAAAUUAGAUGAUAUUGAAGUUAAAGUAAGUGGUGAAAACGUUCCGACGCCCAUUUCCUCAUUUGAAUCAGCAAAUCUUCGACCGCAUCUAUUGAAUAAUAUCAAAAAAUCUGGUUAUUUAAAACCGACGCCUAUACAAAAAUACGCAUUACCGAUUAUAAUGGGGGGAAGAGAUUUAAUGGGAUGCGCCCAAACUGGAUCAGGAAAAACAGCGGCUUUUUUGUUACCUAUGAUUAAUCAUCUAAUGGCGAGCCAAGACGGUCCAGUAUUAGAUGGAAGCACUUCUCAACCUAGGGUAGUUAUAGUCUCUCCUACAAGGGAAUUAGCUAUACAAAUAUUCGAACAAGCUAAAAAGUUUGCUUACAAUUCUAUAGUCAAAACUGUAGUAGCUUAUGGUGGUACAUCGGUUAAUCAUCAAAAAAAUCACGUUUUGAGUGGUUGCCAUAUAUUGGUGGCUACACCCGGUAGAUUGAAUGAUUUCGUCAAUAAAGGCCUGGUGUCUUUUUCUUCGAUUCAAUAUUUUGUCCUCGACGAAGCGGACAGGAUGUUAGAUAUGGGAUUUUUACCAACGGUCGAACAAAUGUUGGGACAUUCCACUAUGCCGGCAACGGGGGAAAGACAGACGCUUAUGUUUUCGGCGACGUUCCCAGAAGAAAUUCAACAUUUGGCCGGUAAAUUUUUGUUCAAUUACGUUUUCGUGGCUGUGGGUAUUGUAGGAAGCGCUUCCACCGAUGUCGAACAAGUCGUAUACGAAGUCAGCAAAUUCGAUAAACGAGAAAAACUCAUUGAAAUGUUACAAAAUGGUCCACAAGAACGAACAGUGGUAUUCGUGGAAACCAAGAAAGUAGCCGAUUUUUUGGCUACUAUUCUAAGCGAAAAUGACAUUAAAACGACGAGCAUUCACGGCGAUCGUCUUCAACGCGAAAGAGAACAGGCCCUGUGGGAUUUCAAAAAGGGCAUAUGCAAUAUAUUAGUAGCUACCGGAGUGGCCGCUAGGGGAUUGGACAUCGAAGGCAUCCAGCACGUUAUCAAUUACGAUUUACCCAAAAGUAUCGACGAGUACGUUCAUCGAAUCGGACGUACGGGGCGAGUAGGUAAUAGAGGUAAAGCUACGAGCUUCUUUGAUUCGCAUCAGGAUUCCAGUUUGGCUUCUUCCUUGGCGGUUAUAUUGAAACAGGCCGGUCAAGAAGUACCCUCUUGGUUGGGUAAUGCCGGUACAGGAAGGGGAGCGGAUCGUUCGUUUGGCGGAAGAGAUAUCAGAGGGGGUGAUUUUGGUAAGGCUCAGGACUACGCCGUGGAUCCCGUCGAAGAAGCUGACGAAGUGUGGUGAAUUGUUGAAAGACCUCUAAUUGAUAUUUAACCGAAUAAUUGUUUUUAAUGUUAGAAUUGAGUUUAUGUUGAAUUUUUUCAGACUCUUGGUGAAUAAAUUUUUCAUUUGUAUCC